UUUUCCAGUAAACGCGUUGUAGAAACAGGCGGUAUGUCCUGCGCAGGCCGCCGUACAGAGCCCAGGCGGAGAUCUGCUGCUGUAUAAAUGUGGUGUUUUGAAUUAAAGAAUAAAGAAUUAAUGGAGUGAAGCGGAGAGGAAAACAACUCAGAUAUGAGUGAUAUCCGUCACGCGCUCUUGAGGAGAGAUCCUCUGAGUGCUGCUAAGGAGGUUCUGUACCACCUGGACAUUGCGUUGGGAAGCACGCUGCAGGCCGGCCCAGGCCUGGACAAGAACAUGGUGGAGCUGGUGGAUGAGUUCAUAUUCCACGUCCCCAAGGAGCGAAACACACAGCGCAAGAGGAUGAGCUGUGUGCAGGAGCUGCAGCUGCUGGAGAUCAUGUGCAGUUAUUUCCAGGAGCAGAGCAAGGAUGCGGUGAGACAGGUGAUCUUCUCGGCGCUCUUCAGCCUGCAGGGGAACAAAGCCGACGAGAACCGCAUGGCCAUGCUGGGGAAGCUGGUGUCCAUGGCAGUGGCCGUGUGCCGUGUUCCCAUCCUGGAGUGUGCUGCCACCUGGCUGCAGCGUACUCACACUGCGUGGUGUGUGAGGUUGGCGUUGGUGUUGGUGGAUGAUUACUGCACAUUGGUCCCGGGUUCCAUCACCACGCUGCAGAACGUCUGCUCCGCCAGCCCUCGCUUCUGCUGUCAGCUCAUCACCGCCGUCACUGCCCUGUACGACCUGUCCUCAGAUGAGUUAACCCCGCCCCACUCUCUGUUGGACAUGGUGGUUGGUUGGAUCACAGAAGACCCCAGACUGCUCCUCUUGACCUUCAUUAACACUCCACUGACCUCCAGUUUGCCCUUGGGGUGUUUGGAGGUCACACCCCUUGUGGGUCUUCUCCGCUGGUGUGUGAAAGCUCCGCUCGCCUCGCAGAGAUCUCGCAAACCAGCAAGCGGCACGCAGCUGGAGCAGGAGAACGGAGCCAUGUGCAAGGAGCUCUACUCCAAACUGCACCUGAGCGUUCUUCAGGUGUUCCUCAUGCUACAGGUGCACCUGACUGAGCAGAACCUGCUGGGGCGUCUGGCCGUGCUGCAGGUAGAGUCGGUGGCUGCUCUCGUGGAGGAAGUGAGCGCUCUGGUGGAGGAGCUGAACCCUCUCCAUGCCGCCAAUCAAAUCCAGCUGGCUCUGGAUAGGCUGGCCCAGGCCCUGCAGGUUGCCAUGGCGACAGGAGCGCUGUUGUGUUCCCGAGAGGAUCUCAGAACUCUGUGCUCCAGACUUCCUCAUAACAAUAUGUUACAGCUGGUCAUGUCCGGCCCGGUGGUUCCUCACGGCGCUCCGUUCCAGCCCAGCGUUUACCCCUACAUCCACCCCGCUCGCCCACCCCUCUCUCCUCACCCGCCUCUCUCCUCACCCAGCCCUCUCCUCACCCUGCCCUCUCCCUCACCCGCCCUCGCCACGCACCACCCACUCACGCCACACUCGCCCCUCCCUCCUCCUCACGCCUUCCACCCCGCCUUCCAGUACCGCCCCAUCCGCUAACCUGCCCCUCCCCCACUAUCCCUCCCCCACCUGCUGGAGAUCAGAUCAGAUGUUUUUUACUUCACACACGUUCCUGAAGAUGAACAGAAUUUCUUUUACUGAAACUCUUCAUACAUGUAAAUUUGUUCUCCAUGUGAAUGUUUCCUCUUAAGAAUCAUGUUUCCUUCAUGUGUGUGUAUCAGAUCCAGAGCUGUGAAAGAUCUCACUAUGAGUUUAGUAUCAGAAUUAGAUUUCAGAACCACACAUUAUAAUUUAGUUUCAUUCUGUUUACUCAAAAUCCAUCAUGGUCUCUGACGCUGUGUGUGUGUGUGUGUGUGUGUGUGUGUGUGUUACAGUAGGAGAUUGUAGACUCAUCAUAGAGAACAGAAACAAACAGGAAGUGAACUAAAGCAGAAUCUAAUCAGCUGCAGAUUAAACAAUAAUAAUCACAAAAAACAUGAAUUUAAUCAUCAUUUAUUCAUUUAUAAUAAAAAUAAUCACACGUACA